GAGCAGGGGUCGGACUACAUCUCCCGGCGUUCCCAGCAGAGUGGUGGCCUCCGUGCGCUGGCUGCAUUGCUGGCGGGCGACAAUGCUGCGGGCAGGGAGCUUGAUGGCCUGGCUAGGCUCGCGCCUGCAGGCGCCCCCCUCAACCCUGAGCCGAUCACUCAGUUGUGCACAGGACUUACUCCGCAGGACGCCGCUCUACGAUUUACACCUGGCCUACGGUGGGAAGAUGGUGGCAUUUGCGGGCUGGAGCCUGCCCGUUCAGUACCGGGACGGCCACAUUGACUCGCACCUGCAUACACGCCGGCACUGCUCACUCUUUGAUGUAUCCCACAUGCUGCAGACCAAGAUACUUGGCUGUGAUCGGGUGAAGCUGAUGGAGAGUCUAGUGGUUGGAGACAUUGCAGAGCUAAGGUCAAACCAGGGGACACUGUCACUUUUCACUAAUGAGGCUGGAGGCAUCCUCGACGACUUGAUUGUGACCAACACCUCUGAGGGGCAUCUGUACGUGGUGUCCAAUGCUGGCUGCCGGGACAAGGACUUGGCCCUCAUGCAGGACAAGGUCAGAGAACUUCAGAACAUGGGCAGUGAUGUGGGCUUGGAAGUGGUGGAUAAUGCCCUGCUGGCCCUGCAAGGUCCCACUGCGGUCCAGGUGCUGCAGGCUGGCGUGACAGAUGACUUGAGGAAGCUGCCCUUCAUGACCAGUGCUGUGAUGGAGGUGUUUGGCGUGUCUCACUGCCGUGUGACUCGCUGCGGCUACACAGGCGAAGAUGGUGUCGAGAUCUCAGUGCCAGCAUCAGGGGCAGUCCACUUGGCAGCAACUCUGCUGGAAAAUCCAGAGGUGAAGCUGGCAGGGCUGGCAGCGCGGGACAGCCUACGCCUGGAGGCAGGCCUCUGCCUAUAUGGGAAUGACAUUGAUGAGCACACCACACCUGUGGAGGGCAGCCUCAGUUGGACACUGGGGAAACGCCGCCGAACUGCCAUGGAUUUCCCUGGAGCCAAGGUCAUUGUUCCCCAGCUUAAGGGCAAGGUGCAGCGGAGGCGUGUGGGGUUGAUAUGUGAGGGACCCCCAAUGCGGGCACAUAGCCCCAUCCUGAGCGUGGAGGGUACUGUGAUCGGUACUGUGACCAGUGGCAGCCCCUCACCAAGCCUGAAGAAGAAUGUGGCGAUGGGUUAUGUGCCCUACCAGUAUAGUCGGCCAGGUACCUUGGUGCUGGUAGAAGUGCGGCGAAAGCAGCAAGAGGCUGUGGUCAGCAAAAUGCCCUUCGUUCCUACAAGCUAUUAUACCCUCAAGUGAGGUUGGCU